GCAUGGAGUCCCCUUAUUUUCUGCCUCUGCUUGCAUCUCUACAGAUAUUUUUCCUGUAUGGGUCACCUGCAGGAUCCAAGCAUUUCAGAUGCUCCAUAUGGUCACAUCCCACCCAGAUUCACUUAAGAACCAUCGCUGGUAGGUGGCAUGUGUCAACAAGACCAUAGGCAAGAUCCCAGUCAACAGACCACUGGCAAAAUGAGUUGCCCAAACCUCAGUGAGAAUCUCAAUACACAUGCACCAAAACAGGGAGGAUAAAUAUGGACCUUCAGGAGAAUGAGUUUGUGUCUUCCCACUCCAGCUGUUGCCUCGGUGAUCAUGAGACUGAGCUUUGCUUAUCAGCCCAAUUCGAGCAAACAGGCUAGUUCAACUGCAAUAGCUAUCCAAAGAAAGAAUCCCGUAUCACCUGCUUGGCUGUACUUUGGAAGGAAACCCAGGAGAGAGUUCAGACCUGUACAAUAUGAGGUCCUAGAUAGAAACACGAGAAGAACAUUCUAGCUGCCCUGAAUUCAUGAAUCAUUCAGGAGAGAGAUUCUUAUUUUAGGAUGGCUGCUGCAAGCUGAGCUCAUCCUUUCCUCAAAUACCUGAGUCAGCAUGUCUGUACCACUUUGUCACAAGGCCAGAGAUAUCUGCCUGCUCUGGACCAUGAUGGAUGAAUUUAUCUUUGUAUAAGUUGAAUGUCUAACUUCCUUCCCAGACCUCCCUGCACCCCCCAACAUCUUUGUGAGCCCAGAGAAAAUGGAGUAUCUCAUUGGAGACACCGUCUCCUUCCGAUGUGUGGCUCCCCCCUCAAAGGACAAGAUACAGGGCUUUCAGUUCUCAGGGACAGCUGGAUGGGCUGUGGACAUUCGGACCUCCAAGAAAGCCUCCACCUACACCUUCAACAUCACAGGGCCAAAGGAUGGUGGGUCACACACAUGCAGAUACACUAUAAUAGAUCGGCUCCUUAAAUCAGUCCAGUCUAAGGAAAGCAAAGUGAUCAUCAUCAGUGUCAAAGACCCUCCACCCCAUCCCACACUUUCUCUGAACAUUUCCAGUGGAGUUGUGAGUGAGGGUUACCCUCUCCUCUUCAUCUGCACAGCUCCUGGAAGCACAGUGGAGCAUAGAUUUCACUUCUACAAAGAAGGAGCUGAAGUCAUCCCUGGAUCUGAGGUCAACUCAUUAGAGACAAGUGCUCAACUUAGCAUCUCACAGAGCAGUCAGAAUCACACGGGGAAUUUUACUUGUGCCUAUGAGGAGAAAGUGGAGGGGAGAUGGAUCCUGUCUUACAUGAGCAGUGUUGUGACUGUCUUUGUGAAAGAGCCUCCUUUUGCUCCUGAAUUGGGAGUGGAUCCUUCCUCUGCUGUGGUGACUGAAGGCUACCCCUUACGUUUCACCUGCAUUGCCUUCAGGGAUGACUCGAGGCUGAGAUUUCACUUCUACAGGGAUGGGGUUGAAAUCCCAUCAGGACAGGCAGUCUCAGAGACCACUACCAUGAACCCUGGGAAUUUCACUGAGCUCCUGUUCCCGCAGACUCCAAGGAGGUUCAGUGGGAAAUUCAGUUGUGGAUUUGAGGAGGAUGUGGGCGGGACAUGGGUGUCAUCACCCCAGAGCAAGGUUCUGGAGGUCACUGUGAAGGAUCCCCCUGCUCAGCCAGAUCUGAUCUUGAAUCCUCCAUCUGGAGAAGUGAGGGAAGGGGAUCCCUUACUUAUCACUUGUGUAGCCUAUGGUACUAGUGGUGAAUGGAAGUUUUACUUCUAUAAAGAUGGGACAGAACAAUUCUCAGAGGCUUGCACAAGGAACCACUCUUUCUUCAGCAUCCCAGCAGUUGAACCAUCUGUGACAGGGCAAUUCACCUGCAGGUAUGAGGAGAGAGUCAGUGGAAAGUGGAUUCCAUCACCCCUGAGCCAGGUGACAGUGGUCACCAUGCAAGCCUCAUCUCUGCCCAUCCCAUUGGUGACUGGAUGUGCAGCUGCUGCAGCUGCUCUGGUUCUGGUGUUGCUGCUGGCUGCCUGUAUCUGCCAGAGGAGGAGAGGCCAUGUUCACUGGAAGGGACUUCACAACAAAGAUGACACAAGUGCUUAUCCUCUUGCCCUGGUCAGUUAAACUGGUAUUUGAUCUCAGGAGUGCUUGCUCAUGUCUUUGCUCAAAAAAAUGCAGUCAUUUUCAGCCUCUUCUUCACUUCAGUGGAGCAAGAAAGAAGACAAAAGUAAAGAAAAGGAUUGUUUCUAUUCUUCUUUGCUUUGAACACUCAAUUCAGAGUUCACUUUGUAAAUGCCCCUGUCCGUCUUGUCAGUAAAUCUCUCUUCAAGUCCAACAA